AAUAAGUUCAUUUUUGUUUGGUAUCAUGCAGAUUUACAGGAGGGAGAUGUUGACAAAGGAGGAAGAGAUCCCUCCAGGAACCGCCAAUGUGAAGCACGUCAUCUUUGGGACCAUUUUGGAGCUGUAUGAAUUCCAUCACAAACAUCUUUCUCAAAGAGCUGGAAAAAUACGAACACUUCCCCGAAUAUGUCGAAAAGUGCUUUGUCACAUGGAAAAUCCAGCAGACGCAUGGACUCGCAUACUCAGUCAACUCCUACCUGCUGAAGCCAGUGCAGAGAAUCACAAAAUAUCCACUCUUGCUAAAGGAUCUGCUGGAAUGCUAUGAAGAAAGCAAAGCCGAACUCAAGAGAGUCUUGGAUGUGACUCUGAGCAUUCCCAAGAGAGCCAACGAUGCCAUGCAUGUCUCCGUGCUGGAAGGUUUUGAUGAAAGCAUCGAGUCCCAAGGCGAGCUGCUCCUACAGGAGUCCUUCAAGAUAAACGACAUAAAGCUCACAGAGCAACUGAAGGGAGACCCCUGCCAAUUUCUUUCUCGUUGGGCCGAAGCUGGACAUCGAGCAGGAUUGUUCCGAAGGCUUCCACUGCUGAGAUCAAGAUGGACUGGAUCCAACAUAUCCGGUAGCUGAUCCAGGAGCACACCAUCCACCUGGGGGAGGCACUCAAAAGUUGCACAGACAAGCUCCACAAAAGUCGAAGGUAAACCUGCUGACAACACAUCCCGAUUUGUCACCAUCUCUCUUCUUGGAUCAUUUGACAAAGAAAAUUUGUUCAAUGGAGUGGUUCCAUUUGUCCUGUGUCGGACUCAAACAAGCCCCUGCUGCAGACGCCAUCUGGGUCUGCCCUUCUCGUCGAUGAACUGCAGGCUUUUAACUUGUGAAAAUGCAAGAACUGUAAUGCACAUAUUUAUUCUGCCUGGCUAUUUAACUAUGGCCAGUGACGUAUUAUUAUUAUUAUUAUUUUUUAAACCACUUUGACAAAGACACGUUUCAUUGUAAUGUUGAAUUUAUAUAUUCUAUUAUUAUUUUUAAAUUAUAAUAUUCUUAUUUGCACUUAUGGAGACUUUAGACUGUCAAUUCAAAUAGUGUUGGAAAAGUUGCAAUACCUAAAAUAGAAAUGCAAGAACUGUAAAGUACAUAUUUUUACACCUUUAUUUACCUAAGGCCACUGGAUGUUUUUUAACUGCUUUGAAAAAAUACAGGUUUUGUUGUGAUCUUGUAUUUAUAUAGUAUAUAGCUUUUUAUAAUGUAUUAUGUAUUAUAAUAUUUGCUGCCCCCUGCCAGAGUGUGGGCCAUUUUGUACUAAAAGGAUUUUAAACUGUCAGUUCAAAUACUGUGUUGGAGACUAGUACUUGCAAUACUUAAAAUGGAAAUGCAAGAACUUUAAAGCACAUAUUUAUCCUGUCUGGCAAUUUACCCAAGGCCAGUAAAUAGUGUUUUAAACUGCUUUGACAAAGACACGUUUAUUGUGAUCUUGUAUUUGUGUAUUACUUAUAAUUAUAUAAUAUUUGCUGCCACCGUCAGAGGGUGGGCCUUGUUUGCACUAAUUUAAAGAUUUUAAACUGUCAAUUAAAAUAUCGUAUUGGAGAAAUUGCAUUACUUGAAAUAAAUCUAUUGCAACUUAUCAGUCACAGUUCUUGUCUACAACACUGUCCAAAAAUUGUCAAUGCAUAUUCCAAAUAGAAUAACAAAAUUAAGUCACCUGACUUUGUAAUUAUUACACCUGUUUAUUAUGAAGACCUGAAGUAAACAACAAGCAGUUACAGUUUGUCAAGAAGUUGUUCAAGUCAUGUUUUGGUAUUCAUAUUUUAUUGACUUUUCACAACAACACUUGGGAUCGUGUUUGUAAGAGCAGAGCAAACUGAAGUUUCAGCGUGCACUCUUCGCCUUUCCAACCUCUCAUAACGCUCCGAUGUGGUGCGCUUGACCUCAGAAUAACCCAAGAAGAGAUAUGGUGACCAAUCGG